AUGAACACUCUUACGUGCUGUUGCUUUAUGAAGGCUGUAAAAAGAAUGGAACUGAGUAGCGAACAGGAAGAAAUCCAAGUGCAAAAGUUUGCAGAUUUCUAUGGUAAGGCAUUCCAGCAAGUGGUAUCGGGGCAGUUCCCUUGGUUGAAGAUGUUCAGGGAAAGCACCGUCGCCAAGCUUGUUGAUAUACCACUUUCACAUAUCUCUGAUGCUUUUUAUAAGACAUCUGUUGAUUGGAUUAGCCAACAAUCCCUCGAGGUACUUGGUUUCUUCGUCUUAUGGUCUUUAGACAUCAUUCUUGAGGAGUUGGCUGCCCAACAAGCAAGUGCUAAGAGCUCCAAGAAAGGUGUGCAACAGACAUCGGCAAAGUCCAAGGUCGGUAUAUUUGUGGCAUUAGCAAAGGUAUUGCGGCGUAAACCUGAUGCUUUAAUUAGUGUGUUGCCAAAGCUGAGAGAGCAUCCCAAAUAUCAAGGACAAGAUAAGCUCCCCGUUUUCGUAUGGAUGAUAGUUCAGGCAUCCAAAAGAGAUCUUCCUGUGGGGCUGUACAUGUGGGCACAUCACCUCUUGCCUAUACUUGGUGGCAAAAACUGUAAUCCACAGUCCAGAGAUCUAAUUUUACAGCUAGUUGAAUGGAUCUUAUCUGUCACAAAGGUUCGGUCGAUUUUAGUAAACGCUGCUGUUAGAAAAGGAGAACGUUUGGUUCCACCAGCAUCAUUCGAGAUACUAAUGCGAGCGACCUUCCCUGCUGCAUCAUCUAGAGUGAAGGCGACAGAAAGGUUUGAGGCCAUAUAUCCGACCAUCAAGGAAGUGGCUCUCACUGGUGUUCAUGGAAGCAAAGCAAUGAGACAAAUGUCUUUGCAGAUGUUCAGCUCUGUUGUCAAAGCAGCCGGAGAAAGCUCUCCCGAGUUAUCGAAAGAAGCCACUGGAGUAGUCAUAUGGUGUUUGAACCAGAACCCUGAAUGCUACAAGCAGUGGGACGAGGUUUAUUCCGACAACCUAGAAUCGAGUGUUCGUAUACUUCAAAGGCUUUCCGAUGAAUGGAAAGAACGCACUGUAAACUUAGAUACUCUUGACCCUUUGAGGGAAACCGUCAAUUGCUUUAGGAACAAGAAUGAGAAAGCAAUGGCCAGCAAGUCCGAUGCUGUGAUACGGGCACUAUAUCAGGAUGCAGACAAGUACUGUAAGCAUAUAUCGGGAAAACUAUCGCGAGGCCAUGUGUGCCUUACAGCAUUGGCCUUACCAACAUAGAUACUUCGGACUGGAAUAAACUGUAUCUGUCUAUCAGUUCCCAGUCUAAUGACAUCGCUUUUAGAUACUUUCUUUCCUCCGUUACGAGCUUUUCGAUUCUGAGUUUCGAGCUCGAAAGAAGGGGAAAACAGAAAAAGAUGAACAAAGUGUUUUUAACAUGGGAUAUAGGAGUAUAGUCUCACAACACAGGCUCUCGUCUUAAAGAAGCCCAAGGAUGAGGGAAACCGUGCAUAUC